UAAGGAAAAAUAAAAAUCUCAAAAACGUUGGUCAAGAUUACGAUCAAAGAACAUAUUUCAAAUCAGCAAUACAAUCUGAAAUUACUGGAAUCAUAAAUUGUGAUUCCUUACCUCGUAUUACGCAAAAAAAAUAAAAAAAUAAAAAAUUCUAGAGUUGAUUGACAGGUGAUGUCUGUAGCUAAAAGGUGAUUGAACUGUGAGGCGGGACUUUCGUUGGGCGUUCCAAUUUCUCCCAUUAAUUUUAAUAGAAGUGGCCCAUCUCUGCUAAAUAUUCUCUGGUUCCAUUCAUUAAAACGCUGUAGUGUGAGCCCUUAAAUUAAUAUUCCGUGUUUAAAGGUGCGCUCAGUAAGUUCUUCCUCAUUAAGACAUGAAGUGUAAUUUUGCAAUAUAUGUAGGAAAUCAUGAGCACUCACAUUCAAAUGAAGACUCAUAACAGUUUUAUUCUACAUGGGAGAGGGACCAAGAUGACACAAAGACAAAUGUUACUGAGUGCACAUUUUAAGCUCAAUCUACAGCAUUUGUGGCAUAAUAUUGAUUACCAUAAAAUAUUAUUUUGACUCAUAUAUCCUCUUUGAAAAAAUCAAAAAUCAAAGUUCCAGUUACAACGGAAGUUAUUGGGGCCAAUUUUGGAGGGUGAAGCUUAUAAUUUUAUAAAAGCACAUGACUUAUUCUGUUAAAACUCAUGCCUUUGAGCUGUAAAGUUGUGUUUUAUUUAUUUUUAUUUAUUUAUCCCCUUUUCUCCCAGAUUUCACACUCUUUUAAAAUAACCAAACUCAUGCAAACAAAUACUGUACUUAAUAAAUUGUCGGCUAUAAUUUAUAACAUUUUAAACACGUGACAACCUGACAUUAAUGAAAAAUACUCUUGUUCUGAGAACACGGUUAAACAUUUUGAUUAAAAUCUACCUUUGUUAUACUUGAAUAAUGAACAAUGGUUUUACAGUGGUUAUGAAUGUAUGUUUUGGUUUGGAAGAUAGAAUUCUCAAACAUUAUACAAAUUUAAGAGGGUUUUAAACUACCUGUUUUAAACCAACAUACAAAACCUCUGCUAGAGCAAACACACAUUUGUGUAACAGUCCCAAUGUGACAACUUGCCCCAGUUUGCCAUGUAAUUGUGUUGCAAUUACAUGGCUUCCUUCUUAUGGGCGAUAAAACUAAGGAAAUGUAAAUGAAAGAAAGAUGAAAAGCUGAGGAGCAGAGAGAGGGAAAGAGAGGUGGAGCUCUUUGCCAACUGUGAGAAAAGGGGACAGAUAGAGAGAGAGUAAGAGCCGUUUUGCUGUGAGUUUACUCUGUAGUGUCUUUCUUCAAGCCAGUUAGAGCAUUUUACAGGCAUGAGUCAGUCCAGAGUGAUGUUCCAGUCUCCAACCAGAGACGAGCAGGACAGUGAAGCCCCUCAGCGCAGGCUCGGGAAGCUGACUGUCAAAUAUGACCGUAAGGACCUGAAGCGAAGGCUGGACAUCGAGGAAUGGAUUGACAGUCAGCUGCAUCUGCUGUUUGACUGUGAGGAAGAUGACAUUCCUGAACUGGAGAUUGACAUCGAUGAACUUUUGGAUCUGUCAGACUGUGAGCGGAGAUCAAAACUGCAGGACAUUCUCUGCGAUUGUGGCAAACCCAAAGAGAACUUUAUUGAUGGAUUGCUUUAUCGUAUAAAAGGACUUCGAAAAAUGUCGGGCACCUUCAGAAAAUGAAUUCAAGGACAAACAGAAUCUUUUAUGGACAAAUGUAAAAGAAUAUAGCCAAUAUCACUCUUAAAAAUAAAGGCUUUUAUGCUUUAGGAGAACCUUUUUAACCUUCUGAAGUUGUUGAGAAAAAGUUCUAAUGAACCAUCUGUGUUCUGGUGCUUUAAAGAAUCCAGAUAAUUGUAUUAUUUUCAUCCAAGCACCACCACAAGGAACGGUUUUUAUAAUAGAAAACACAUAUUACAUGUUACAGUUUUCAGGCAGCUAAUGCUUUACUGCACAAUAUAAUAUCUGACUUAUUUUAAAGUGAUUGAAAGAGAGUUUGUUUUGGAAUGGUUGAUUAUUGACAGAUUAUUACUUUAAGUGAUAAAUCAAACUCUUCCAGGAACUCAGGCUUGUUCGUUUACUUUAAGCUUUAUUACCUUUAUUACCUUUGUUGCUGUUAUUGCUGCUUUUCAAUGUCUUUAUUCCUUCCAGUGAAAAGGAUCGUUUUGUUGUUAAUAUGCCAAAACAAUUUGAAUUUGAAUUGCGUAAAUUGGAAUUAUAGACUUUUGAAUUUGAAUUAUAAGUGUGAUUUUGCCAAAUUAAAUAUUAAGUUGUAUUUUAAAUAGGUUUGAAUUUGAAUUUUUUAAACUCCAAUCCUGGACAUUUCAUAUUUAACUAGAGAAUUAUUGCACCUCUAAUUAUUUUCCGAGACCCUCUACUCUUCCCUGUGGAACAUGGCAGUUUGAUCUCUGACCCACUUUCUGUAGAUCUGAAUUUCUGCGGUUUGAAUUUUAGAAUAUUCAAUUUGGUGUUCUGAAUUUGUUCUUCAUCUUGAAAACUUGAAGCUGUAUUUUUUAAAACUGAAUAUUUACAGUGUAAGAAUUCAGAACCAAAAAUUUGCUGUUUGAAAAUACAUAUUUAUAAAAUUAUGCCAUAACAUUUUUUUAAAAAUAAAUUUGGUUAAAUAUGAAAUGUCCAGGAUUGUAGUUAAUUCAAAUUCAAACCUAUUUAAAAUACAAUGUAAUAUUACAUUUGGUAAA